UUCAGGCCGGGCUGCACUCCAGGCGCCUGGAACCCGGCCGGCCGCGCGCAGCAGAGUGGCUGGGACUCGGCACAGGUUGGGGAAACAUGGACACCCCCACCCUGGUCGUCAGCACCAUGGUCUCCAGCCUGUGUGCCUUUCAGCUUCUUUUCCACGUUGUAAGUUACCGGUUUUCAGCCAAGGUGUGUCCAGGUUUCAGCACGCUCAGUUCUGAAAAGAAGAUAGAAUGGAACUCAAGGGUGGUGUCUACUUGCCAUUCCUUGCUGGUUGGGCUGUUAGGCCUGUACGUUUUCUUGUUCGAUGAGGCUACCAUUUCAGACCCACUCUGGGGUGAUUCAUCGGUUGCGAAAGUGAACGUUGCCAUUGCUUCAGGCUACCUCCUUUCUGACUUGUUGACUAUCAUUUUGUACUGGAAAGUAAUCGGUGACAAAUAUUUCGUAAUUCACCACUGCACAUCAUUGUAUGCCUUCUUCCUCAUCCUGAAACGCAGCGUGCUGGAGUACAUCGGGAAUUUCCGCCUGCUCGCAGAGCUGUCCAGCCCCUUUGUGAACCAGCGGUGGUUCCUCGAAGCUCUGAAGUAUCCCAAGUUUUCCAAGGCCAACGUCAUCAAUGGCAUCCUCAUGACCGUGGUGUUCUUCACCGUGAGGAUUGCCCCCAUACCGUCCUUCUACGUCUUCGUGCACUCCAUGCUGGGCACGGAGGCCUACGCGAGGCUCGGGCUGCUGGUGCAGAGCUCCUGGGUGGCCACCUGCGCUGUUCUGGACGUGAUGAACGUCAUGUGGAUGAUCAGAAUCUCAAAGGGCUGCCUUAAAGUCCUCUCUCUCUUCAGACGAGAGAAAGCCAACAGCAGUCUUCAGAACGGAAAGCUGGACUGAGUGUGGCGACCGGCCAUCCGCUCACCUCGCACUGCCCGUGUACGUCCGCCGGCAGGGUGACUCCUCGGCAUGUUCUUCUUCCUCAUUAAUUACACGUGUUAUCCAGGGUUUCAGUGUCUCUUUUUUAAAUUUUACCUUUAGGAAAGAGAAACUAAAAUUCUGUUUUUAUCUCAAGAUUUCUGAUUUUCUUCUGCGUUAUAAGCAUGGAUGACAUCUGAGAGGUUUAAAUAAAAAGUUAUAAACACAGUGGUGCAUCUUUUCAGAACUCCG